AUAUGACCUUGUCAGGCGGGGAGUGCGCAUGCGCGGAGCAGCACGUGUGUCAGUGAGAAGAGAGCGGUGACCGGGUCUUUUAUGUCAUGUCUUGGUUAUUCGGCUACAACAAGGGGCAGCAGGCACCCCCAUUGGUGCCCGGCCUACCGGUGCCUCCGUCCGGGGGAGAUGGGGACGGUGACAAGAACAAGCCGAAGGACAAAUGGAGCAACUUUGACCCCACUGGCCUGGAGAGGGCGGCCAAAGCUGCAAGAGAGCUUGACCAGUCACGUCAUGCAAAGGAGGCACUACAUCUCGCUAAGAUGCAGGAAGAGACCCUUCAUCUGGAACAACAAGUUAAAAUAAAGGAAUAUGAAGGAGCCUUGGAACAGCUGAAGAGUGAGCAGAUACGAGUGCAAGGAGAGGAGAGGAGGAAAACCUUAAAUGAGGAGACAAAGCAGAAUCAAUCUAGAGCCCAGUACCAAGAUAAACUGGCAAGGCAGCGAUAUGAGGAUCAGUUACGGCAACAGCAACAUCUAAAUGAUGAAAAUUUGCGCAAACAAGAAGAGUCUGUUCAGAAGCAAGAGGCAAUGCGGCGAGCCACGGUGGAGCACGAAAUGGAGUUGCGACAUAAAAAUGAAAUGCUUCGAAUUGAGGCAGAGGCUCGAGCUCGUGCCAAGGUAGAACGGGAAAACGCUGACAUUAUCCGGGAACAAAUUCGCCUAAAAGCUACAGAACAUCGUCAGACCGUCCUGGAAUCCAUCAAGACUGCAGGAACUGUGUUUGGAGAGGGUUUCCGUGCCUUUGUGUCCGACUGGGACAAAGUAACAGCCACAGCUACUGGAUUGACCCUACUUGCCUUAGGAAUUUACUCCGCCAAGAACGCAACCGGUGUGGCAGGUCGCUUUAUUGAAGCUCGCCUUGGCAAGCCCUCUUUGGUCCGAGACACUUCUCGAAUAACAGUGGUAGAGGCCAUCAAACAUCCUAUUAAGGUCAGCAGACGUCUUUUCAGCAGAAUCCAGGAUGCCCUAGAAGGUGUUGUUCUAAGUCCAAAACUAGAGGAACGGGUGAGGGACAUUGCCAUUGCCACAAGGAAUACGAAGAAGAACAAAGGUCUUUACAGGAAUAUUUUAAUGUAUGGUCCUCCAGGGACUGGAAAAACACUAUUUGCCAAGAAAUUAGCCACACAUUCUGGUAUGGAUUACGCCAUCAUGACUGGUGGUGAUGUCGCCCCCAUGGGGCGAGAUGGAGUUACUGCAAUGCACAAAGUGUUUGACUGGGCAGGCACCAGCAAGCGCGGCCUCUUGCUUUUUGUGGAUGAAGCAGAUGCUUUCCUAAGGAAGAGAUCAACGGAGAAGAUCAGUGAAGACCUGAGAGCAACACUAAAUGCCUUUCUCUACAGGACUGGAGAGCAAAGUAACAAGUUUAUGUUGGUGCUGGCCAGUAAUCAGCCAGAACAGUUUGACUGGGCCAUCAAUGAUCGAAUCGAUGAGAUUGUCAACUUCGACCUUCCUGGAUUGGCGGAAAGGGAGCGCCUGGUCCGGCUUUACUUUGAUAAAUACGUUUUAAAACCAGCAAGCGAGGGCAAGCAACGUUUGAAAGUUGCCCAGUUUGACUAUGGAAAGAAAUGUACAGAGCUGGCGACAAUAACCGAAGGCAUGUCUGGCCGAGAGAUCUCCAAGCUGGGUGUCGCUUGGCAGGCUGCAGCCUAUGCCUCAGAAGACGGAAUUUUGACAGAAGCCAUGAUCGAUGCUCGUGUGGCCGAUGCUGUCCGGCAGCACAUGCAGAAGAUGGAAUGGCUAAAGGCAGAGACCAAGGAAGGGGACAAAGGAUCAAGCAAAAACCCUCUACAGCAUCUACUGGAAGGAACCCCCGUCUGACGCACCACAAAAUAAUAGUGACCAUUUAACUGCCUCAACCUCCUUACAGCAAGCAACGUCGGCCAGUAGCUGCAGGCGACAGAAACCAACAGCAGUUGGGCCAAUCAUCUGUGAGGACAAAGUGGCACAUUAGCGGCCUCCUGUGCGCAGGGAGCAGGGCUGUAGUUCUUGCAUUGAGGAGACAACCGCGUCCUUUUCACCAUUCAUUCCCUAUUGAACUCUUGUCUCUUUUUUUUAUAUAUUAAUUUUAGGGCGUCCAUGGCAAUUGUAUUGUAAAAGAAAUGAAUGCAUUGUUUUAACCCUGACUGAAGCUGCUGCAAUAACCAUCUCUGGUCAAACGUAAAGAGUAAUAGAGUAAUGUGAUUCUUGAAUUUCCAUCUAUGAAAAAAAAUAUUGAUGCAA